GGUGGAGGAGGAAGAGGAAGAGGAAACGUUCGAGCAGUCUUGACAGAAACGGGAGGCGGCAAUCUCGUGCAUUUUUAUUAUCUAACGUAUUCGAUAUUAUAAUCUUGAGAAGUUUAAUCACGUAUGACAAAUUAAUUUAAUUAUUCGAGCCUCGUCGUUUAAUCGGACAUUUUCUCUCUUCCUUCCUUCCUUUCUUCCUUCCUUCCUUCCACUUUCACCCCUUCCCUUCAUUCCCUCUCUCUCUCUCUCUCUCUCUCUCGUUUAGCAAAUCUUUUGGGGAGUUUAAUAGUGCGUGAUGCACGUGCACGCGUGUACGUCGGGUCAUCAUGCGAACGGGGCUGUGUGAUAUCAUCGAGUUAUCCAAGUUUUUUUCUUCCGGUUACUAUUAGAUAAGACGUAGACCGAUUAUCAUUUUGUUGUGAUGUGUGUAAUAAAUUAUCCAGUCAUAUAUAUUAUAUAGUCAUAAUAAUUAUCCUCUGUGGGAGGUAGAGAAAUAUAUAGAUAGAUAGAUAGAUAGAAAGAGAGAGAGAGAGAGUGUGACUGAGUGAGGCAAGUGCAUUAGUGUGCAUCCAACGUGGGUGUGUGUGUUUGUGAAGCACGAAGAGGAGUACUCUGCCACUUUCCAAGCGAGGCCGUGACCGUGAAGCAGAACGAAAGGUUUGAGAUCGAUCAGAUCGAAUCAAGGAACGAGAAGGAUGCUGUGAGAGAGACAAAUAACCGGCCGUCAUGGAUAUUACGAGUACAAAGCUGGUGCAAUGGUUCAACGAACUCAGAUCUCGUAUAUACCUUUACUUGCACGAUCAGAACAUAGGGCCAAUAAGGGCGGAGAAUGGGGAAUCACAAGGUGAAGAUCCAUCCUCUCAUCAAUACGAUGAUGGCGACGAAAGAGUGGUUUUCGUCAAUGCACCUCAUCAACCAGUUAAAUAUAAAAAUAAUCACAUCACCACGGCCAAAUAUUCUAUCCUUUCUUUCAUACCCAUGUUCCUUUUCGAACAAUUUCGUCGAUACAGUAAUUGUUUCUUCCUCUUCAUCGCAAUUAUGCAGCAAAUACCGGAUGUAUCGCCAACCGGACGUUAUACAACUUUGGUCCCAUUGAUAUUCAUUUUGAGUGUUUCGGCAUUAAAGGAAAUCGUUGAAGAUAUUAAAAGGCAUAGAGCAGAUGACGAGAUUAAUAUGCGAGAAGUAGAAGUUUUACGGGACGGACGAUGGCAAUGGAUUCAAUGGCGUAACAUUGCCGUCGGAGAUGUGGUUAAGGUCCAUAACAACAAUUUCUUCCCCGCUGAUUUGAUCUUGUUAUCGUCGUCAGAGCCGCAGGGUAUGUCGUUCAUAGAAACAGCCAAUUUGGAUGGAGAAACGAAUUUGAAAAUUAGACAAGCUCAUACCGACACAGCAAUCCUUUUGGAUACAGUCGAGUUAAUGAAUUUUCGUGCUAAUGUACAAUGCGAACCACCUAAUAGACACUUAUACGAAUUCCACGGAGUCCUUCGAGAAACUAACAAACAGAGCGUAGCUCUGGGACCUGAUCAAUUAUUACUCCGCGGGGCUAUGUUAAGAAAUACAAGAUGGAUAUUUGGUGUGGUAAUAUACACCGGUCAUGAUACUAAACUUAUGCAAAAUAAUACAACAACUGCACCAUUGAAAAGAUCUACAUUAGAUCGACUGACUAAUACACAAAUUCUUAUGCUAUUCUUUAUGUUACUUUUGUUGUGCCUUCUUUCUGCAAUAUUCAAUGUUAUAUGGACGAAUGCAAAUAGUACAGGACUUUGGUAUUUGGGUUUAAACGAGGAGAUGACGAAGAACUUCAUUUUCAAUCUUCUAACAUUCAUCAUACUCUUCAAUAACUUAAUUCCAAUCUCACUGCAAGUUACAUUAGAAGUAGUUAGAUUUGUGCAAGCUACGUUUAUUAACAUGGAUAUUGAAAUGUAUCAUGCUGAAUCGGAUACACCUGCAAUGGCUCGCACAAGUAAUCUUAACGAGGAACUUGGAAUGGUUAAUUAUGUGUUCACUGAUAAAACUGGUACACUUACGAGAAACGUUAUGGAAUUUAAAAGAUGUUCCGUCGGUGGCAAAUUAUACGACCUUCCCAAUCCAUCAAACGGUAAUAUCGAUAGUCCAGGUGGUAGUAAUAGUGAAUUAGUUAAAGAUAUUCUUGAAGGAAGGGCAACCAAAGGUUCAUCUCGUCCUACCGAUAGAAAGAAAUAUAAUCAUGCUUCUAUACUGCAUGAUUUCAUGAUAAUGUUGUCAGUUUGUCAUACAGUCAUUCCUGAAAAAAUAGAUGACAAUAUAAUUUAUCAUGCAGCAUCUCCAGAUGAACGAGCACUAGUUGAUGGCGCACGUAAAUAUAAUUAUGUGUUCGAUACUAGAACACCUGCUUACGUGGAAAUAAUCGCCUUAGGUGAAAGAUUAAGAUAUGAAAUAUUAAACGUAAUAGAAUUUACGUCAGCUAGAAAAAGAAUGUCUGUAAUAGUUAAAACGCCAACAGGAGAGAUUAAACUUUUAUGUAAGGGAGCUGAUUCUGUAAUUUAUGAACGAUUGAAUCCAAAAUCACCGGAUGAUACCGAAUCAGAAGAUGAUUUUCGCGAAGCAACUUUGGAACAUUUAGAAACGUUUGCAACCGAUGGAUUAAGAACUCUUUGUUUUGCUUCUACCGAAGUACCUGAAAAUUUGUAUCAGAGAUGGCGUGACACUUAUCAUAAUGCAUCAAUCAGCAUGACAAAUCGUGAAAGUAAACUCGAUCAUGCAGCAGAUCUCAUUGAAAACAAUUUAACUUUAUUAGGAGCAACAGCUAUUGAAGAUCAAUUACAAGAUGAAGUUCCAGAAACAAUACAGGCUUUACUUCGCGCUGAUAUUAAUGUUUGGGUGUUGACUGGUGAUAAGCAAGAAACGGCAAUCAAUAUUGGCUAUUCUUGCAGAUUAAUCACACAUGGAAUGCCUUUGUAUAUCAUCAAUGAAUCCUCUUUAGAUAAAACAAGAGAAGUUAUUACACAACGCUGCCAAGAUUUUGGAAUUGAUUUGAAACGACAGAAUGAAGUGGCUUUGAUAAUAGAUGGCAAUACUUUGGACUUUGCCUUGUCGUGCGAUAUUAGAAUGGAUUUUUUAGAUUUAUGUUCGGCAUGCAAGGUAGUUAUUUGUUGCAGAGUUUCGCCGAUGCAAAAAGCCGAGGUUGUUGAUCUCAUAACAAGUAAUAAGAAAGCUGUUACUCUUGCAAUUGGAGAUGGCGCGAAUGAUGUAGCAAUGAUUCAGAAAGCUCACAUAGGCGUUGGAAUAUCUGGUGUGGAAGGUCUACAAGCAGCCUGUGCAUCCGAUUAUUCUAUCGCACAAUUUCGUUUUCUGAAACGUUUAUUAUUCGUUCAUGGUUCUUGGAAUUAUAGUAGAAUGUGUAAAUUAAUUCUAUAUUCGUUUUAUAAAAAUAUAUGUUUAUAUGUGAUUGAAUUAUGGUUCGCGAUAUAUUCUGGCUGGUCCGGACAAAUUCUUUUUGAGAGAUGGUCUAUUGGUCUUUAUAAUGUUGUAUUUACGGCAGCACCUCCUUUGGCUAUGGGUCUUUUUGAUAAAGUUUGUUCAGCAGAAACUCAUUUAGCUCAUCCAGGAUUGUAUGCAACAAAAAAUACUGGGGAGUCGUCAUUUAAUAUUAAAGUGUUUUGGGUAUGGAUAAUAAAUGCCUUAAUUCAUUCAUCUUUACUUUAUUGGUUGCCACUCAUGGCUCUUAAACAAGACGUCGUAUGGUCUCAUGGUAAAGAUGGUGGCUACCUUUUGUUAGGAAAUUUUGUUUAUACUUAUGUUGUAGUAACAGUUUGCGGAAAGGCCGGAUUAAUAAUAAAUUCUUGGACAUGGGUCACUCAUGCAGCAACGUGGGGAUCUAUUAUACUUUGGUUCUUAUUUAUUCUAAUUUACAGUAAUUUUUGGCCUGUAUUAAAUGUUGGAGCUGUCAUGCUGGGCAAUGACAGAAUGUUAUUCACUUCGCCUGUAUUUUGGUUAGGUCUUAUACUUAUUCCAUCAGCAGUAUUGCUUCUUGAUGUUACUGUAAAAGCAGUAAAGAAUACAGUGUGGAAAUCAGUCACAGCAGCAGCUAGAGAAAAUGAAAUUAGAAAAUCCGAUCCUGGAGAUAUAUUCAAUGGUCAAGAUUACAGGAGUUCAUUGACGGAGACGGCACGGCUUCUGAAAAACGUUAAAAGUGUUUUCACCAGGCGAUCUAACGCCACUUCCAGGGCAAAUGUCGAGGUGGAACUAUCACAUGGAUUCGCAUUCUCUCAAGAGGAAGGAGGAUCAGUGACACAAACGGAUGUGAUCAGAGCUUAUGAUACAAAUCUUCCAAAACCAGGCGGCAUGUAAUCUUAAUGUGUAAUAAUUUAACAACAACAAGAAAAAUAGUAAAAAUCAUCCGACUAUAUUAUACUUUUAUUUUUUUUAUUUCUAACAAUAAGUCGGCCCAAAAGUAUUUCACGAGAAAGAGAGAGAGAGAGAGAGAGAAAGAGAGAGAGAAAGAGAGAGAGAGAGAGAGAAAGAGAGAGAGUGAAUUAAUAUAAUAUAAUAUAUAUAGAUAGAACAAAUUCUCAAAGUGUGCCAUUUCUACGUUAAAACAAAGCCCGUCGUUUAUGCAUUUUAUGCACCAAUUUAUUAUUCGAUCCUUUUUCAAUCUAUUAUUAUACGAUAUAAUUUGAAGAAAAAUAAAAAGAAAAUUAGGGAUGAUGAUGAUGAUGUUUCUAUACAAAUCGAUCUUUUUAAUUUUUAACGAUACUUAUUAGAGAAAAUAAAAAAACAAAAAACAAAACACUAUACAAGUAUAACGAAUUUCAUUAGAUAAAACACUUUAAAUUGUCUUUCUGAAAAGUCUAAAAA